AUGGCAUGCAGGAAUGUUGUGAGAAUUCUUCCUCCAGAUAUAGAAUAUCCCUACGACGAAUGGGAGUUGGAGAUCUUCUGUUCCGAAACAGGCGAAUGGAGAGAAGGAUCUGUAGAAUUCCCAGACGAAAAAGGUUAUUAUUAUGAAUUUAAACCUUUUAGCUUUGCUUACAAUGGAAAGUUGUAUUGGUUGGAUUCGGAUUCGGAUUUUGAUUCGGAUCAAAAUGAUCACCUUAUAGUAAUUGGGCUCGAUCCGUUUAGUGAUGUUAAUGGUAAGUGUAGUUUCAUUGAACUUGAUGAGCCUUUAUGCUACCUUCAGUAUCAGUACUUUGGUGCUUAUGGAGGUUGCAUGCGGCUGUGUGGCAUGGAUGAGACAAGUCUGGUUAUUUUGGAUUUGAAAGAAGAAGAAGAUGGCAAAUUGUGUUUGAGUAAACUCAUGGAUUAUCCGCUGGACCAGAAUAUGUAUCCGGAUAAGGAAUUGUGUGUUGGGCUGCUACCUUUCCAUCCAACCAAUAAGGAAGUUGAAGAUGAGGAUGAGGAUGUUUUCUAUAUAUUUGUGGAUGGAGAUGUUGUCAUGUACAACAUUCGUACAGGAAAGUGGUCGAAAAAGAUGGUUGAAAAGAAAAGAGGCUGCAAAAAUAUUCCCACCACCCCUUCCCAAUUGUGCUGCCAUGGUGGCCGACACCAGUUCCUACACUACCACAACAUGAUCAGCAGAGCAGCAGCAGCAGCGACUCCAUGGCGGAGGAAACUAGCAGCAGCGACUCCAUGGAUGAGUAAACUGUAUUUAUAUUUUCUAGCCGUGGACUUGUGA